AUGACGACCCUCGAUCCAACCACUGGCCAGCCUCUCCCCGACUCCGCAAUCCAGAGGAUCCUCUUCCUCACCCCAACCGUCCAUGUAUAUGGCAUCCCACCCCUGACAAGCAGCACAUCAGGCUUCAAUGCCUCCCAAUGGACCUCUCCAACCCAACCCACCGCACAGAAGAUCUUCACAGCCAGAUUACGAAUUAUAGAAACUUCCAUAUCCGAACCGACAUUGCAAAUAAAAGCCGACAUCGUUCUCGAAGAUCCCACGUCGGGACAGUUAUUCGCUGCAGCGCCUUAUACCAGCCCAGCAGUUGUGCAGCAAGCGAAUGAUAGUUCGAGAUUUUUCGCGGUACGAGUGCAAGGAGAAGGCGGUAUGAAGGCUACGCUUGGCUUAGGAUUUGAGGACCGCAGCCCGGCAUUUGAUUUUGGGAUUGCGUUAGGGGAGGUCAGGAAGGUGUUGGGAAUGGACAAGCAGUCUGCGAGCAGGAGUAGUACCAAGAAGGUGGAACAGGAGGAGAAGAAAGACUUUAGUCUGAAGGAAGGGCAGACUAUCAAUGUUCAAGUGGGUUCGAAGGGACGAAGACCGCCGGCCCCUUCCGUUGCUGCGAGUGGUAACGCGGACGAUGCGACAGCAUUGUUUUCUAUUGCGCCUCCACCGACUGCUGCGAAGGCUCUGCAGGCCCCGUCGUCUGGUACGGAAGAGAAAUCGCCAGCUGAGCUGGGAUUUGACGAUGGAGAGUUCGGCGAAUUUCAAUGA